CGAGGUUGCCUGAGGUAAUCGCAGAGGAAGAAGGCAAAGAGGGAGGGAGGGAAGGAGGGAGGUUGGGAAAAGGGCAGGGGAUGGCAGCCCCGGGAGCUGGUUGACGAGGGAGGAGCCCAGGAAGAGAAGGAGGGAGAGGCAGGGGAGCCAUGUCGCUGCCGCCGCAGCCAGAGCCUCCUCCUUCGGACCUCCUCGACAAAGGGGGCUUCCUCCUGGAUUGCAGCGAAAUGAAUGAGGAGGCUCCGGAGCCCUCGGAGGCGGCGGGGCCCGGACAUGGUGGCGAGGAGGUGUUGGCUGCGGAGGAGGAGCAGAAGGCGGAGGAGGAGGAGGAGAAGGAAGAAGGGAAGGGAGGAAAGGGAGGAGGAGGAGAGACGUCGCCCACACAGCCCUCUGAGCCCAGGACCGCAUCUGGGGGAUUGGAGAUGGGCCCAAAAAAUGAUAUUUCUCCCUUCAGCAGUUUCAUUUCAACUAUCAGCCAAAAGAAAGACGACACUGGAAAUGAAAGUCCACCUACACAGUUUGUUAUUUCAGAUAUAAAAAAUGCAAAAGAACUUCCAUCCCUUGGCCAUGAUGUUAGACAAAAGCAGCGCACCUCUGUGGAUAUUCUUCCAGCAGAAGUGAAAGUUUCAGUCCCUCCACAACCUCAUCUUCCAACCCAAACAAAAACUCUUAAAGACUUCCAGGAAGACAUAGAAAAAGCUAAAUUAACAGGAGAAUGGAAAACAAUAUACGAUUUUUAUUCAACAACAUUUGAUUCUUUUCUGGAAAUCAAUACUACGUUUAAGAAAUACAUGGAUGGCCCUUUCAGCUCCAUUGAAGAUUGUGGAGUGGAUGCUAAAUUUGUGAAUGAAGCUUAUGACACCUUACUUAGUGCACCCCAAGACAUCCAGAAGUGUGUCCUAAAAGGAGUAAUUAAUGGUUUAUUACAGGAAUGGAAAGGGCCAAGAACAAAAGAUGAUCUCAGAGCAUAUUUUAUACUUCUGCAGAACCCUCUGUUUAGUAACACAUCAACGUAUGUCAUUUAUGCUCACUUGCUAAGACAGAUUGCUGCCUUAACAGAAAGCGAUCAUCACUUUCUAAUUCACUGGCUUAAAAAGAUAUCACAGAAGAGAUUCAAACUGGUGAUAGAUAGGAUGCUCCAAUUUAUUUCUUUACGCCUGUUUCCUGCAAAACCUGAAGAAUUGCCUCCUAUGGAGAAGUGUACAUGGUGGAUUCCCUCAGCAACCAAAGUCUUGUCUUUACUUAAUGCUUCAAAUAAUCUGGUUAAUCCUCCUGUUAUUCCAUAUACGGAUUUCUAUAAUUCCACACUAGAUCAUAUUGAUCUCAUGGAAGAGUAUCAUAACUGGCAAUGCUAUGGAAAUUCUCAUAGGUUUUCCUUUUGUCAGUACCCUUUCAUUAUUUCUAUAGCAGCUAAAAAGGUCAUUAUUCAAAGGGAUUCAGAACAACAAAUGAUAAAUAUUGCACGGCAAAGCCUUGUGGACAAAGUGUCUCGGAGGCAAAGACCUGAUAUGAAUAUGUUGUUCCUAAAUGUCAAAGUGAGAAGAAUGCACCUAGUUAGUGAUUCAUUGGAUGAGUUGACACGGAAGAGAGCAGAUUUGAAAAAGAAAUUGAAAGUCACAUUUGUUGGAGAAGCUGGUCUUGAUAUGGGUGGCCUAACAAAAGAAUGGUUUCUUCUUCUGAUUCGACAGAUUUUUCAUCCAGACUAUGGCAUGUUUGCAUAUCAUAAGGAUUCUCAUUGCCAUUGGUUCAGCAGCUUGAACUGCGAUAAUUACUCUGAAUUCCGAUUGGUUGGAGCUCUUAUGGGACUAGCUGUCUAUAACAGUAUUACAUUGGAUAUUCGAUUUCCACCAUGUUGCUAUAAAAAACUGCUUAGUCCUCCCAUCGUGCCAUGUGACCAGAGUACACCAGUAGGAAUUAGUAGCGUCACUAUUGAUGAUCUAUGUCAGGUUAUGCCGGAGCUGGCUCAUGGACUAAAUGAACUUCUGUCAUAUGAAGGGAAUGUUGAAGAAGAUUUUUAUUCAACUUUCCAGGUUUUUCAAGAAGAAUUUGGAGUCAUAAAAUGUUACAACCUAAAGCCAAAUGGCGAUAAAAUUCCAGUUACCAAUCAGAAUAGAAAAGAAUACGUGCAGCUUUAUGUAGACUUUCUUCUCAACAAAUCAAUCUACAAGCAGUUUGCAGCAUUUUAUUAUGGAUUUCACAGUGUCUGUGCUUCGUAUGCAUUAAUGCUGCUUCGUCCUGAAGAAGUUGAAAUUCUAGUUUGUGGAAGCCCUGAACUGGAUAUGCAUGCUCUCCAAAAGCACACACAAUACGAUGGAUAUCAAAAAACAGAUCUCACUAUCCGAUAUUUUUGGGAAGUAGUACUUGAAUUUCCACUUGAGCUUCAAAAAAAACUGCUACAUUUUGCUACGGGGAGUGAUAGAGUACCUGUUGGGGGAAUGACUGACUUGAGUUUCAAGAUUUCAAAGAGUGAAGCAUCAACAGAUUGGUUACCUGUUGCCCACACUUGCUUCAAUCAACUCUGCCUACCUCCUUACAAGACCAAAAAGGAGCUAAAGCAAAAGUUGACUAUUGGAAUUUCGAAUGCAGAAGGCUUUGGUUUAGAAUAAGAAGACCAGAAAAGCAUAACGGAUGUAGCAAUCGCUUUCUUCUGAUUGUGCCUUUAAAGCUUUUCAUGUUUCUAUCUCUUAAUAUAAGGACAAUAUUAUCUAGAACCAUGUGGAAAUGUUGUUUUUAAAAAUAAAAAUGCACUCAUUUUUCUGUGUAGAAAUAAAUUUGCUAUUUCUUAAAGAUUUUUUUGUAUAAUAUUCAUUAUAUUUAAUAGAGGAGAAUUGCCAAGGCUAUCAGAUUUGAGUUUGUAUAUAUUUGCCAAUAAUAGUGAACGCAAAUUGCCUUGAUCUCCUGGCAAAGGGGGUUUACUUAGAUACAGCCCUGUGUUGCCUUAAGUCAUCCAAACUUCAGACAAAAGAUAUGGAAUAUUUUACAAUUGAUCAUAUUUGGUUUUGCACAUAUUUAUUCUCCUGAAAAGAAUAGAUAAUAUAUUUGUUAAUUAGUUAAGCCCAGUAUAAUAUUAACUUCAGUCAGUACACACUAUAGCAAAACUUCUAGCUGUCAUUAACCUGAGGCACAGGAAUGUGUUUUCAAGUUAAAGCUAAUAGCAGUUUUGAAGUACUGUAUAUUGAAUAUUCUUUCAAGUUUUCAUUUUCAAAAAUCAAUUGUUGAUUUAAAAGCCUGUAAAUAAUUGCCUGUGGAACAAUAUGAUUUUGAUAGUGUCAUGUACAGCUAAAGAUUUAUUUUUACAAAGUGUAUGGUUUCAAAUGUUAUAUAUUUAGCUUUUACUGCUGAACAAAGUUGAUUGUACAGAAACAUAAACGCUGCUAUUUUAAAUUUAUCUAGAUUUAAGGACCAACUUUUAAGUAUUUAAUUGUUUGCAUGGUAAUGAUAUUGAAUUAGAAGUAACUUAAACCACUUGGCUGUUGUUAUUGUACUUUUGUAAUUGUAAUUUAAAGAAGGAGAUUUAAUGUUUAAUAAUGCAUUGGAAUUUGUUUAUUUGGUGGAAAACAAACCACCUCUCAGCACAACGAGAUGUAAUUUUGAUAUUUUUAAAUUAUGCACCCUUUAAUUAUGAACUUUGUACUAUAGUCUUUUGCACAUAAUAAACUGAGCAAGUUUUUAUACAAAAGUUAAUUUAUUAAACUUGAACAUUUUAUUUAA